AUGGCAUCGCAAAGACUUUUCGCUGCAUUCGCGGCCCUCUCCAUCCUCAUUGGGUCUGAGGCUAGCCCCUGCAAGCCUAUUUCUUCCACCACUGAGAUUCAGGCUACAUCAACCUUCUCUUCUGAGACUGAGACUGCCACUGCUAGCGACGCCACUUUCGCCACUGAGUUGACCUCAACUGAGUCGAGCUACGUCACGGAUAUCACCAUCACUGAGAGUGAGACAGCGACAUCCAGUGCAGCUGAGUCUACCGUGGUUGUUCACACUACCGAGACUUCCGCUUUCACUUCUACCACGGAAGCUGCCUCUACUACCUCAGCUGCACCUAUCGAGACACUUGUCGUCAACGGGGACUUUGAAAGUGGCAGUGUUGCGCCAUGGUCCAAUUCCGGGCUCGGCGCCUUUGCCAACAUCGACUCUUCAACAGCCCAUGCAGGCUCUUAUUCUCUCAAGAUGGGUUCCCAGGCUAGCGAAUGGUCAAACACCGUCCAAACUCUCAGCAAGUCAGCACUCGUCGCAAAUGUACCUUACAGUCUUACUCUCUACGUCAAGGUCAGCUCUGGAUCCUCUUGCACUUCUUUCCAGGCGCUCAUCGACAACAACGACCUCAAUGAUUCGUUUGGACCGAGGAUUAGUGUUUCUGGUAGCCAGAUUGCUAGUGACUUUACUGGUCUUUCGGGCGAGUUUACCUUGACACAGAGUGCUUUGGACGGCAGCAAUCCUAUCCGAGUUGUCAUCAGGGCGAAGUGCAGUAACGGUUACGUGGCGUGGGUGGAUGACGUUCAUCUGGGUAUUUCGGAUUGA